GGAAACAUGCACAUUAUCUGGAACAAUAUUUGGUAAACUGAAAGAGUUACACAAAAAAUACAUUUGAAAUGUUAGUCUAAAACUGUAGAAGAAAGGGAGUUCUUAUGAGUCAUGAGAGACCUCGUGCAAGUCAUAUGAACAUUCAUACAUUUCCAAUCUUUGGUAAACACAAAAGAAUAUGAGAAACAGAAAAUCAAGCAGUUUGAGGGCCGAAGAAAAUGGGCGACAUUUUAUGUGGAAAAUUUUCCAGCCCCAAGUGCCAAUGCUGCCAUUAUGAAGAGAAAGAUUCAUCACAGCAAGACAACAUACAAUCAAAAGGAGAACUGAAAACAAGAAAAAGUCUCCCAUUUGGGAACGUUUCAUCCUACUUGCCUCUUGAGACACUGAGUGAAGGUCCUCACUCCGUGGUGUGCAAAGGAAUCAGCAGAAUAUACAAUCAGCUGGUAGCUUUGAAAGUCAUCAGCCUAAAUACUGAGGAGGGAAUCCCUUUUACAGUCAUAAGAGAAGUUUCCCUCCUCAGGAGCCUGAAACAUGCCAAUAUUGUGCUCUUUCAUGACAUCUUCCAGACCAAAGAGAGCCUGACUUUAGUCUUUGAGUACAUGCAUACAGACCUGGCCCAGUACAUGUCUCAGCAUCCUGGGGGCCUUCAUCCUCAUAACGUUAUGCUUUUCAUGUUCCAGCUUCUGAGAGGAUUGGCUCACAUUCAUAAGUGCCAUAUCCUUCAUCGAGAUCUGAAACCUCAGAAUUUGCUCCUAAAUUGCUAUGGAGAGCUUAAAUUAGCUGAUUUUGGUCUUGCUCGUGCUAAAUUUCUCCCCAACCAAACAUACUCUGCUGAGGUGGUGACACUUGGCUAUCGUCCUCCUGAUGUUCUGCUUGGAGCCACUGAUUAUUCAUCAGAUGUGGAUAUUUGGAGUGCAGGCUGCAUAUUUGUGGAGAUGCUUCAUGGUCAACCACUGUUUCCAGAUGUUAGCAAUAUCUUUGACCAAUUAGAGAAAAUCUGGAUAGUAUUGGGGUUCCCAACUGAAGAAACAUGGCCAGGAGUUUCCAAACUUUGCCACUACAAGUCAGACAGAUUCCUUGGCAGUUGGCCUCAGGGGCUUCAGAUGAUCUGUGACAGGCUGAUCAAGGUGCCUGAGGCUGAAGACUUGGCAGGAAGAAUGCUAAAAGUACAUCCACAAAAUAGGAUUUCUGCACAACAGGCACUUUUUCAUCAGUUCUUCAAUCCCCUGCCCUCUGAACUGAGCCAGCUUUCUAAUGCACAGUCCAUCUUCACAGUACCUGGAGUGAUGCUCAAACAAGAAAUGUGUGACCUCUUUUUUUCGUCUCAGAAGGCCCAUCAGGAAAAUAGUUCAAGCAAGUUUUGGUGAAAGAAAUGAAGGACUUUUUUUUUUUCAAGAGAGAAAGGAGGCAGACAAAUAAAACCAUAUUGUUUAUUAUCACUAGCUAAGACAAAUGGGGAUAAACUAUGUACAUAUUUUACGAAUCCUGGAUUUCAACUUACAUGCCCCAUGAUUGGAUUAGCGAUGGGUGGCAGAGGAAGAGAUAUGGAUAUAGUACAAAACAGAACUUUUCUUUCUGCAAUUCCAAGAGGAAAUGCAACUCUUAAUACCAAAUUUUCCAAAUAUGCGGAGUGGAACACAGUGUACCACAGCAUCGGUUUUAGUUUCAUCAGUUUGACUCUAAUUGUCCAGAACUAUUAUCCUACGCUGACCUUCUGCCAUUGUUAAUGGCGUUAUUCCUUUACAGUUCCAUAUUAAUGGAACUUUUUAAAAUGUGCAUUGUAUGUAGCUGAUUUAACAUUUAGCUGAAUUCUUUGCUUCUAAAUUGCCUCAUUCAUGAAUCUUCUGUCUACAGUUUAGAUCCAUAAAUCCUAUCUUACCGCCCCAUAGCAUCAAUAACAGAAGAUUCAAUAGUAACCUAGCCUUAUGCAGGUGCCGUUUUAUCUUUGUAAAUACUUUUCCAGGCACCCAAACAUGACUCUCACACAUUAUAUUUCCAAGACUGUACUCACCAAUUCUUGGAAAGCAAGGAGGGAGUUCCUGGGGUGAUUUGAUUCAGUAGUAUUUGAAGGCUGAAGAGGCUUCAAAUACAAGGCUUAUUGUAAUAUUUAAGGUUCAAAUGAUGUUACCCAAUUUCAUAGGAGAUCCAUUGUUUGUGGAAGCCAUGUUCCAUAAGUGCAUGGUGUUUUAAAAAAAGUCAAUUUUUGUGGGCCAGAAAGAAAAUGUUGUAUUAAUUCACAACUAUUUGAGCAAUACGUUUAAUCCUUUCAGACACAAAUUGAGGAGUUCAAAAAUUUCAGUUUCCACUUUGUCCAGUGUUAAUUUUGAUGCGCCACAUUUUCACAUUAAUUUGAUAAGUUUAAAAAAACCAUACAAAAAUCAUACAGAUUCCUCUUUAAUAUAACUACAUAACCAUAUUGUUUAUAAUUUUGUCAUAUACAUUUUUGCAGUACGUAUUUCACAAACAAUAUGUAUUUUAUAUAUUAUUUUCACUAGCAUAAGCAAUUGUAUACACCCUUGACAUGUUUGUGCGUAUUUAAUUGGAGAAAUGGAAGAUUUUUUAAAAAAUGCUUAUGUCAAACAAUAAUUGAGUUUUUGUUGUGACUUGAUCUGAACGUGCAAAAUUUAAGUAAUGUUAAAUGCAAGUUAAACUGGCUAUCCCUACUCUUUUAAUAAUUUUAAUUCCCUUUAUUUUCUUACUAAUAUUCAGCACUGCCUCUCAUCUUUGGAUAUAUAACUUACUCAGUUUGAGCUGGCCUGUUUCUUUUUAAACUUUUUUUUCUCAUUUAAUUUGCAAAGUUGUACAUUCGUAAAGAAUUUCCCAACAAGUGAAAAUGGUUACCUAAUUUGUGGGAUUCCUUAUUUCAUUUCCAAAAGUACACUCUGUCUCUGAGAUUAGCAGCAGUUAAUAUUUACAUUUUUUUGCAUAAACAUGUAGACAUUUGUCUCCAAAAUUUGCAUUCAAAGGUGAUACAUAGAUCUUUCACAAUGCGUUGUCAUAAGACAUUUAGAAGUCCAGCUGUUCCGUUCCAUUCUUGCUCUUCAUCCAGGCUUCCAUUGUUCUUCAAUACUGUAAUGAUUUGGGACUCCUGUUUUAGGCUGUAAUCCUCUGAAGGAUCUUAACAUUAAUAAAAUUUAAGGUGUCUUUGA